GUAUGAGUACAAUAAAAUACAACUUGAAUUAGUGUUCAUUUAAACGAUCGAAUAUAGGCUAAUCUCAAGCCGCAUGUCUACCACUUUAAUACCGACAUGUCUGCUUACAGAAUACACGUUCUGUUCGAAGGGUACUCGACCCUUCAAGAACAUGUACAAAUUGCAAACUGCACAUGUACGCUUAUUACUGGUCAGAAAAAUGUGAUCGUCGACACGAUGACUCCUUGGGAUGGGGCACGUAUUUUUGAAGCAUUGAGGGUACGAAGCUUGAAAUGUGAGGAUAUCGAUUAUGUCGUUUCAACCCACGGUCAUGCAGACCACGUUGGUAAUAACAAUCUGUUUUUAAAUGCCACGCACAUAGUUGGAACUUGCAUUUUCAAAUGCGAUAAGUUUUAUAAUUAUGACUUUGACGGUGGAAACCCGUACCCUUUAGACGGCGGAAGUGUGUGUGUGUUCGCGACUCCAGGCCACACCCUUGACCAUGUAUCUGUGCUAGUCAGAACCGAAGAUUUGGGCGUUGUGGUGGUGGCGGGAGAUCUGUUCGAAAAGGAAGAGGAUGUGUUCAAUCCGGAAAUAUGGAAGGCCUCGGGCAGUGCAGACCAGUGCCUUCAAGUGCAACACAGAAAUAAAGUGUUGCUGGAAUCUGACUAUAUAAUUCCAGGCCAUGGACCUAUGUUCAAAGUCACAGAGGGAAUGCGUGAUACUGUGAAAAAUUAACUUUUUCAACUUUGAAUCAAAUGUUAUCAACUACUA